CUUCCCGAAGAGCUUCAACAGCUCGUUUCCCUCCACUCAUCCUUCCUGACCGCACUAUCUCUACACUACGCACACAAUGGUACGGCGACGCCACCCGACGUUCGGACACUCACCCCUUCCAUCACAAAGAUUUGGGGGAAGCGCAAGGUUACGCUGGACGAUAUCAAGCGCAGUGUUGCCUUGAUGCCCCAUGGAAGCGCCAAAUCAAAGUCCAGUCUCCAUCUUUCUAACUACGGUCGCGGCAAGAUUUGUCUCGAGCUUCAGCAAACACAGAAGCGAGGCAAGCGUAGCAAUGGUGCCCUUGUCCAACCCAUCAAUGAGAAGGAAAUGAACGCUUCUUUCGCGGCAGAAAUCGACCGGCGCUGGUGCGAUUGGAGCGCGGAUGGCACACCUGAGGAUGAGAGCGAGAGCUCUAUCAGCGAUUUUAUGGCUCAGCUGCCACUCGCAGAAGUUACGGAAUGCGCCAGCCUUGCCAAGGCAGCGCCAUUGUUAGCCAAGGGACAGCGCAGACUAGAAGAUCUCAAAGCCGGCGCGAUCAAAGCACAGCAGAAGACUAGCAACCCUACUCCCGCGAAAGCCAAGGCAGAGAAGGAAAAGGCUCCGAAGGAAACCCCCUCCGCCACCGAGAAGGCAGUGCCCACCGCCUCUCGUGCGACCAGCCUCCUGGAUCGCAUUCUCGCCAAGCAGCAAGCCGCGGCCUCAGCUCCCGCGCCCCCCUCCGCUGCCGAACAAGCCCGUCUCUCUGCCCUGCACCGCUGCGAAGACGUCCUCGCCAUCCUGUCCCUCCUCGCCACGUCGAGCACGACCAACACGCGCGUCUCGUUCCCGAUGUCCCGCCUUGUGCGCGACGUCCAAACCAGUAGCCGCAGCCCCCUUGGCGCGGACGAGGUGCGCAAGGUGGUGGAGGUGCUAGCGGACGAGAUUGCCCCUGGACAUAUCAGUUUUAUGCGAUUGGGUGGGCUUGAGGCUGUUGUGGUGGAC